CUUUUAUCCUAUAAAUAAGAGAGGGGUUUUCAGCUUCGGUGCAUUUGUUUCACGGAGGUGAGUGUGAAUCGUUUGUUGACGUCUUACCGUUUUUUGGACGUCCUCAAGUACAGCAACAUGAAUACUAUGGUCAUCAUUCCUUUAAUUCUGUGCAUCGUCCAAGCUAGCGCUGUAGACAAACAAGAAAAAGCAAAAACGACUUCAUCUCCAUCCAACACAAUUCAAUCCAACCAAAAAUAUGAAAUGUUCUACCACCCCAUAAAGUACCAACAACCAGUACAACAGUUCCAACAACUUCAACUCCAGCCAGACCAACAACCCAUUCACCAAUACCAACAGCUGCAACAACUCAAUCAAAAAACCCAAUACGUCCCUGUGCAAAUAAUCCAAAAACCUUUCUUCGUGCCACACUCCCAACCCCAAGCCAUGAUCAUCAUCGCUCAACCAGCCCUUGUGCCACAAAGUCUAGUAUACAGCAACCCCACACAACAACUCCUCAACUACUUCCACAGUAACCCCCAAGCCAAAUACCAACUCCUCCACGGAAACUACCAACAAACUCAAACCCAAACAGGUCAAGCACAAACCGUUCAACCGACUGCCACUUACAUGCACCCGGUUUUGGCAACCCCAUCUAACUACAUCUUAACAGCAGCCCCCCAAUACCAACAAGUGGCAACCCCUCAAUACCAAACUUUGGCACCACAACAACAAUUGGUUACCCAAACUAGCCCCAUCCCCACUCCUGCUGUUCAAUAUUCGACUCAACAACAGUCAACUCAGUUGAGCCAAUUGGCCCAACAAUCUCAACAACAACACCAACAUCCAGCUCAGUUGAGCCAAUUGACCCAACAAUCUCAACAACAGCACCAACAACCAACUCGGUUGAGCCAUUUAGCCCAUUUGGCACAGCUUGCAGCUCAACAGUACGUUUCAACUCAGAUGAAAACGGCCCCUGCUAUUGUCACUGGUUUCGAACAUUUUACCCCUGAACAACAGGCCCAGAUUAAGGCGCAGUUGAGUUCGCAUUUAGGGACUAACUUCCAUGCAGUCUCGAGCCCUAACCAAUAUUCUGCCAAAUAUGUCGCAGAGCAAGACAACAACAACAACAGCAAUUUUGUGCCAAGUCCCCAGAUUAAGUCUGAACCAGUUACGACAAUCAGUUCACAAACAGGAGGAGAUAUUCUGAAGACGCGUUAUGUCAAAGGAAAAAAUUAAAUAUUUGUAAAAAUCUUUCGUUUUUGGAACAGUGGCGUAGCUAGUCUUUGUAAAAUAGAGGCACAUUAUUUAUUAAAUUUUCUGGAUACGCCACCAUUUUUUGGGAGUUAACUGUGGCUUAAGACUGAUGGAGGUGGUAGUUACCUGGUAGCAACAUGUUUAGCCCGUUGUUCGUAACACAAAGGGUGCGUUUACCUUACAAUAUUCAGAUUUUCAUUGUAAAUAAUUCAAUCAGUAUUCCAUUCUCUUGUAAAAUUUAAUGAAAGGUAAAUGCACGUAACUUGCACUUAGCUAUUAAAAUGCUUCUUAGAUUAUAUUUUUAUAUUGCUGUUAAUAAACUACUAAAAUUUU